AUGGCUUCUGACUCACGAGCUGCCCCUGCCAGGAGAGGGGCGCGCUCAAAGAUGAGGUCGCCUAAGCUGCUGGAGGUCCUGAGCGCCCUGGAAGACGACGAGUUUGGCAGCAGCCGGGAGGAGAUUUUCAUUGCACCCCUGGACAACACCUCCAGGGACUUCACUGAUGAGGACUCUGGGGAAGAAGACAGUGACCAAAAUGGUGCCCAGGUGCCUGGCCACGUGCUGCAUGCUUCAGUCGUAUCUAAGGACUCGGACCCAGAGGAGGAGGAGGGGGAGAGGGAGGAGGCAGAGCUGCAGCCAGCCAAGAAAAAGCAGAAGGCAGCAAUGGAGACUCAACUUGUUUGGACCAAGAGAGACAUCUGGCCAGACUUUGGCAGCUGGACAGCCUCGGAUCCUCACAUAGAGCGCCUCAAGGCCAAGCAACUAAGUCCCGUGGGCCUCUUUGAACUGUUUUUUGAUGACAGGACAGUCAGUUUCAUUGUUAAUGAAACCAACCGUUAUGCUCGGCAGAAAAAUAUCACCCUAGAGCUCACAGCCCAGGAACUGAAGUGCAUUUUGGGCAUCUUGAUUUUAAGUGGGUUCGUCUCCUACCCGAGAAGACGGAUGUUUUGGGAGACAGCUCCUGAUUCUCAUCAUCACCUUGUGGCUGAUGCUGUUAGAAGGGACCGAUUUGAGCUGAUCUUCUCAUACCUGCAUUUUGCAGAUAACAGGGAACUCGGUGAAAGGGAUUGGUUUGCCAACGUCAGGCCUCUCCUCAUCCGCACGAACCAUAACUUCCUGAAGCAUGCGCCCCUGGAAGAGUUCUACAGCUUUGGUGAAUCCAUCUGUGAGUACUUUGGGCACCGCCGGGGAGUCAGGCACCUGCACUCAGGGAAGCCCAUCCAGGUAGGCUAUAAGAUCUGGUGCAGGACAACCAGCAGAGGCUACCUGGUGUGGCUUGACCCUUCGCAGGACAGAGGCUUGGCUAUAGGGGGCAGUAUGGUGGUGAGAUUUGCAGAUGCGCGUCAGGAGCGGGGCUGCCUGCCAUACCACAUAUUCUUUGACAAGGUCUUUACAAGUGUCCGACUGAUGUCCAUAUUGAAGGGAAAGGGGGUAAAGGCCACAGGAGCUAUUUGUGAGUACAGAACCGAACACUGUCCCAAGGAUCCCAAAGAACUAAGGAAAACGAAAAGGGGGUCUUUUGAUCCCAGCAAGGUGGAUGAGAAUGAGGAGAUCACCGCGUGCCGCUGGCACAACAGCCACAUGGUGAACAUCUGCUCCAACGCGGUGGGCAGAGAGCCAGUGAAGCUGACCAGCCGCCACCUGGGAGGAGCCAGAGCUCGGGCACAGAUCCAUCAGCCAUCCCUGGUGAAGCUCUGUCAGGAAAAGGCCAGAGGGGUUGACAGGAUGGACCAGAACAUCGCCAAGUACAAGGUGAAGAUCCGGGGCGUGAAGUGGUACCUGAGCUUCAUCGGCUACAUCAUCAACGCAGCCCUCAACAAUGCCUGGCAGCUGCACAGGGUGUGCUGCCAGGGUGCACAGGUGGACCUCCUCGCCUUCCGCAAGUAUGUCGCCCAUGUGUAUCUGGAGAGCAAUGCAGACUCUUCCUCACAAGGGAGGUGGAGCCGGCAGGUGGAAACUGAAAGCCACUACGAUAUGAUUAGACACUGGAUUGUCCAUCAGGACAAGAGGACCCGGUAUGCCCUCUGCCACUCACAGACCAACACCCGCUGUGAGAAGUACUAGAAAGGUGUCCGCGCCAAGUGCUUCCGGGAGUACCACAUUCCGUGA